GAAGCCUGAAUUAACGUCAGUUUGACAGCCUUCUCAGGGAGAAAGACCACUUCCAUGGCCUGCCAUUCCACACUAAGUCGGACAAAAUGAGAGGACACCACAAGCAGCUGAAGGGCAAGGAGCGAGAUUAUAGCAGCGCUCAUCCAGUUUCUCAGCCACCAGGGACUGCCUCCGACAUGAGCAUCCAGGAGGUAGAUGACUGGGAAACAGUUUCAAAGCAUACCAGAGAAGAUGUUCAGAAAGUCUAUCUUGGAGUGCGUGUUAAGAUGCCUGUCAAGGAUCUGCUUCGGAACAUCCGCAUAGCCCAGGGCAGGGACCCCAAAGAUCUACAAAGAAAACGCCCCACCAAUAGCCUGGAGGAGCUGGCAAUCAUUGUCGAGGUACUGGAGGAGGAUCUGAGGACCGAAACCACAAACCCUAUCCAAAUGUUGUCUCCCAGCUCACCAGUAUCACCUGAUUACACUUCUGAGCCUAAUGGUACAGGUUACAACAGUGAUGAGUCAGAUGAAAUCAUCCCGAGCCCCCCUUCCUAUACGAUCUACUCACCUGGGACAUCCGAGUACCAACAAACCCUACCCCCACUUGGUGCCGUGGUCGCAAGCCUUCAGAGCGCAUGGACAGGAGACUAUUGGCUCACAAACAGCCCAAAUAGCAGCUCCGAGUUCUUUUGGGCACAGCUUCAAAAGGAGGAGCUCAAGCUGAGGAACAUCUCUGACGAAGCACUGCUAGCCACUGAUCAAAACAGCCGAACAGCUCUGCAUAGUGUGGUGUGUGAUGGCAAGAGGGCGCUGGCGUAUGCAAUCGCAAAAAGGAUGGCUCCUCUCAACAGUUUAGACCUAAAAGAUUCCAAUGGGAUGACUGCCCUCCUCCUCGCAGCCAAGCACAACCACCACCUGAUCGUAGAGGAUCUGAUUCAUUUGGGUGCUUGUGUCAGUGAAAGAAACAAUUUAGGAAAGUCGUGUCUUCACCUCAGUGCUGAGAAAGGCUUCAUCCGAGUGCUUGAGGUUCUGAAACGUGUUAUGAUGGAAGGUGUGUACAUCGAUGUUGAAGCCACCGAUAAUUAUGGAAUGAGUGUUCUUCAGUGCGCUUCAGUAGCCCUUAAGGUGACAUUGCAGCAGUUGGAAGUGAGGAAGAGCCUCAGCCACACAAGGCUCCACACACUCCGCAAGGAACAGCUGCUAGAGACCCUGGAGUGUCUCCUGCAAAUGGCCAGCUACUCUCAUGUCAUGUCUGAAGACCUGGGCACUCUGAAGAAGGUUUUCGUCUAG